AUGCCUGCAACCAACGCCAUCUCCGACGAUGCCUACGACGAGAUAGCCAGCUACAAUCACCAGCAACGACCAAGAAGUUUAACAAAAGAAGAACGUCUUGAUAUUCUCCGUCUUCACGCUGAAUUCCGCCGUACUGGCGCAACCAAAGUCUCCGCUACCAUCGCUCAGCUCCUUGGACGGAGUGAAAAGGUGGUGAAGAAUGUCUGGUCUGACUACCUUCGCACCAAAGCCGUGCACGUUGUACCCCCUCCUACCAACAAUCACCAACGAGGCGCACGCAUCCCACAAACUAAUGCAGUGAUGUCACUUGUGCGCCAAUUCAUUCGUACCCGGAGCAUGACCCGAGCUCGUACAGUUGCGAAGGAUGUCAUGGCUCUACUCCUGGAGCACAGUGUACUUUACUGUGACGUUACAAACAAAACCGACGUGUCAAACUGUCUCCGUCGUGUUCAAAAAUACUUGCAAAAGCUGGGGUUCCUGCGCGGAAAGCGGCGCGGUCACACUACUUAUGCCGUGCCAAAGGCCCACGCUACGGCCCGUGACUUGUACAUUGAGCACAUGACAAAACUGGCCCCUGGAACCUCGACGAGAGCUACAUAUAUCAUCAUUACGCACAUCACCACGACAGGUCGCCGCCUUUGCUUUAUCGCUGGUAUCAUGGCCGGCGCUCAACCCGAGGACUCGUCGCUUGUCGGCUUGGACGUCUUCCAAGGCGGCGCGAAGCCACGAAGCGGUCCCAAAGACUACCACGGGAUGUUUGUCUAUGCCUACUUUGUCAAGUGGUUUGGGAAGUAUAAGGAUGAAGUCGAGAAACUCGGGAAAAAAGGCGUUACCUUUGUCAUGGACAAUGCCAAGUACCACAAGGGACAGCCUGCGGAUACGCUGCGAGGCACGUGGCGUAAGGCCGACCUGUUGACAGCAUGUCAGCGGUUCAACGUUGACGUCGAAAGCGUCGACUUGAACAAGACGAUAUGGGCUCGGCUCAAACCUGUCGUGGCUGCGAAGGUCCGUCCGGUCGUUGUCACAAUGGCGCGGUCGCGAGGACAGGAUGUCGUGUCCACGCCGCCGCAUAACUCAGAUCUUCAGCCUAUCGAAAUGGUGUGGUCAAAAGUGAUAGGGGAUGUUGGUGUCCAGUAUACCGUUGAUACGACGUUUGACGAUGUCCAGUCGCGUUUGGCCGUGGCGUUCGAUGCGCUGCCGCCCGCAGUGAUUUGGAACUGCGUCCUACACUGCGACAAACUUCUACAAGACAUGCAUCAAUUGCUGCUCAGGCGUGAGGAGAAUGAAGACGAAGGUUCAUCGUCGGAUGAGUCGUCGGAUGGCAGCAGUUCGAGUGAUUCAGAGUAG